AUGAAUCCGCACAUUCCCGUUGCAUCAUUGCUUGCUGGAUCAUCGACUGUUCCAUCAUUGGUUGUUGAAUUAGAGGCUGUUGUACAGCACCCUGUGGCGGGCAUGGACCUAGAAGAGCAUUUAAGAACUAUGAUUGGUGCGAUUACCCGUUGUGGUGCUGGCGCUACUGGAGCGGGUGCUGGAGGUGGCAUUGGAGGUGGUGGAAGUGUCGCGACAAACACUUGUGGUGGCUGCGUCUGCACCAAAAUUUGUGGUAAUGGAGCUGGCUGA